GAGACUGCCUAUAAAAACCCGGAACACGACCUAGCUCUCUCCCAUGCAUCUCAUAUAAGAAUAACUAAUCAAGAUCGAUCGAGAAUGGCGUUUCCGAAGCCUACUAGUCGUCUAGCCGCGCUAGCUGCCCUCGCUGCGGCCAUGGCGGCGGCGAUGAUGGCCGCGACCGCCUCGGCGCAGAACACGCCGCAGGACUUCGUGAAUCUGCACAACCGCGCGCGCGCGGCGGACGGCGUGGGCCCGGUGGCGUGGGACGCCAGGGUGGCCAGGUACGCGCAGGACUACGCGGCGAAGCGCGCCGGGGACUGCCGGCUGGUGCACUCGGGCGGGCCGUUCGGCGAGAACAUCUUCUGGGGCUCGGCGGGGCGGGCGUGGAGCGCCGCCGACGCGCUGCGGUCGUGGGUGGACGAGAAGAGGAACUACCACCUGAGCAGCAACACCUGCGACCCCGGCAAGGUGUGCGGCCACUACACGCAGGUGGUGUGGCGCAGGUCCACCCGCAUCGGCUGCGCGCGCGUCGUCUGCGCCGACAACCGCGGCGUCUUCAUCGUCUGCAGCUACGACCCCCCGGGCAACGUCAACGGCCAGCGCCCGUUCCUCACUCUCGACGCGGCUGCCAAGUAGAGGCAGAGAGCCCGGCUGCAUGCAGUGUGCGUACGCACGCAUCUGCGUGUGCAUGGCGUGGCUACUCGAUCGAUCACGUACUGCGUGUGCGCGCGCACCAUAAUAAGUAUUGUGUGUACGUAUAUAUCCGCAUCUGCAGUGUUUGUGUCAUAUAUAAAAUAAUCGUCUGCGUGCGCUAUAUAAUAUCUAUAGAACUUCAAUAAUUUUACAUACGGCAACUUGCUCA